UUUGAAAUCAAAAUAUUUGAAUAGAAUAAUUAUCGUAUCUUUCCUAUUACAGCACAAAUUCAAGUUUUUAAGAAAAAAUGUCGCUUUCAUUAAACAGACUAAUUACAAGGAAACUUUUGACUAUAUUUACAACUUCAAAGAGAAACUUCAAAGUAGCAGUGCUAGGUGCAUCCGGGGGCAUCGGGCAACCUCUGGCUCUUCUGUUAAAGCAGAACCCUCUAGUAUCUCAACUAGCGCUGUAUGAUGUGUCCAAGAUAACCCCAGGAGUUGCAGUAGACCUAUCUCACAUGAACACUUGUACAUUAACCGAGGGGUUUACGGGCGAAGAUCAGCUGUGUACAUGUCUGUAUGGUUCAAGUGUAGUUAUAAUCCCAGCUGGUUUGCCACGAAAGCCAGGUAUGAGUCGUGACGACCUGUUCAAGUCUAAUGCUGGAAUUAUAGCAAACCUCACCUGCGCAAUAGCUCGUUUUUGUCCUUGUGCCAUGAUAUGCAUUAUCACUAAUCCAGUCAACGCGUGUGUGCCUAUUGCCUCAGAGAUUAUGUGCAAGUGUGGUGUUUAUGACCCUAAUAGAAUCUUUGGUGUCACAACACUUGACUUGGUUCGAGCUUCUACUUUCGUAGCAGAGGUGAACUUGACGAAUCCUACCUGUCAAUACGUUCCUGUGAUCGGUGGGCACGCGGGUGCUACGAUAAUACCACUGUUAAGUCGAAGUUGUCCUCCAAUAUUAAUGUCGGGUACCACUAGAGAUACUCUUACGAAGCGGAUUCAAGAAGGUGGUACAGAAGUGGUGGCAGCGAAGGCGGGGGGUGGAUCGGCGACGCUUUCUAUGGCGUUUGCAGCAGCUCGAUUUGCUAACGCCAUUUUAAGAGGACUCAAUGGUGAAGAAAACGUCGUUGAGCCUGCAUAUGUCAAAUCGAACGUCACGGCUUCGGCCUAUUUUUCCACCCCUUUACUCUUAGGUAGGUGUGGUAUAAAAGAAAAUCUUGGCAUCGGAAAAGUUGACCAGUACGAACAGGAUCUUAUAUGUAAAGCUGUUCCGAUGCUGCAGAAAAGUAUUAAAGCGGGCGUAGAUUUUGUUAAAAAUUUACCUAGUAAGUAGGUAGGGAAGGGAAUGGUCUGGAUAGUAAAGAUAGAAGAUUGUAACUUGUAACCGAUACCAACUAAAUGGUCGUUAUGAAUUAAUACUUUGAUAAGUAAUAUCUCAGUACGCCGGUUGUUCCUAAUUAGAGUACCAAUACUACACGUAUAUCCUAUUAAUAAGUGCUUAAAAAUAUUUAG